CGAUCAUAUAAAGAGGUUUUGACACUCGCUAGAGAAAACCGUCCGAAAAUUGAGUUGUGUCUAGUUGUGAAAAAUCAUCAUGGAAGCUCAAUAAAAUCCAAGUUUUUGUAAGACAGACAGACUCCUUGUCCUCCAUGCUGAUUUUUUACAGGUAGUCACACUCGAUUUUCCUUAAGCUUCAGUAUUUAAGAGUAUCAAGAGUCGAGAAUUUUUUAGAAGAUCAUGAUUAAUACUGUCAGAAAUGUCAGAGCUACCGUCACUUAACAUCCUAUAUUGUGUGAAUCUGUCCUUAAGAAAAUUUCUUACGAAUAAUUUUUAAAUGUUCAUUGUUUAAUGUAUUUAUUCAUAUGUUUAUAAAAAUAAUGAUCUUCCAUUUAAAAGAGGAUAUGUAUAUAAAUAUAUGUAUAGAUCGUGAAGAUUUGAAGUUCUACGCUUAAAAUUGAUAUACAUACAGAUUUCAACCUUAAAAAUGUUUUGUGUUUGGUUGAAGUAUUAAUUUCAUAAUUUAUUAAACUUAAUAACAUACAUGAUAUAAUCUUUUGCAUAUCAUGAUAUAAAAAUACUAUGAAAAGAAUAAAACUUAAGCCUAAGAAUCCAAACCCAUUAUUUGAGCUCUGGUUAGAAGAAUGGAGAAAAGAGGCUGCAUCGAGAAAUUCCGACUUGCAAUAUCAUUUUUCGAAAGCACUCGCUGCAUUAAAAAAAUAUCCCUUACCGUUAAAAUCUGGGAAGGAUUGUAUAAUAUUGCAACACUUUGGCACAAAAUUAUGCUCCAUGUUAGAUAGAAAACUCAAAGAAUAUAAAGUUCAAAAUAAUGACUCAACAAGUGUGAAGAAUAUUUGCAAGCAGUGCAGUUUUAACGAACAACCUGUAUUUAAAAGGAAACACAGAUCACAACAAAUUAUUGUGGACGCAGAUUUCGUAUCUGAAAGAACAGAACUAACAACAUUUGAUGACUUAAAUUUAUCAUCUUGGAAUAUAGAAAAUUAUGCUGCUUUACUGAUAUUAUAUAAGAAAACACAAGACUCAUGUUAUUUAGGAUAUACUACAGAAACAGAUCUACUGUUGGAAAUGAAACAGUUGUGUGGGCAUGGAGAAAAGACUUCAGUCUUAGAUUUAUUUGAAAGUGGAUUAAUUUCUAUGAUAGGUAGACCAAUUAGGUAUAAUCUUACAGAGCAUGGUAUAAGUAUUUCAAAGAAGAUAUGUGAAAUUACAACUACUAAUGUAAUAUCAUUAAAUUCUUUUGAAGUAUUAAAUAGAAUUCAAAUCUCAUUAAAAUCAUUGAUUACACAAAAGUCUAAGUUAAUAAAAGAUUCAGACGAUCUUAAUAAUAGGAAUGAGGAUACGCAAACAUUUAUACAAUCUACUAAGGACAUACAAAUCAAGAAUUUAAAUGAACCUUCAAUAAUAUAUAAAUCUAAAUCUGUAGAAACUAGUACUAUUGAAAAUCACUGCCAACAACCUGAUAAGAAUUUUAUAAAACAAAAAUCGAAGGAAAAUAUUGUCUACCCAAAAAAAGUGCAAGAAAAAACGAAAGAAGUAAAAGAUAUGAAUCAUGUACAUAAUUUAGAAAAUAAUGAAACAGAUUUUACAGAUGAUUUUCAAAGAAACUAUUAUUUAGAAUCAAGCAAUUUCGAUAUAAUACUGUUAGUAGAUACACAAGAGACUGCUGGUGGUAGGACAGAACCUCAACAUGAUGCUACUAUCACAGGACUAACAGAGUUUGGUGUAUCGUUUGAGAUACGUCAUUUAAAAGUUGGUGAUUUUGCAUGGAUUGCUAGGUGUAGAAGAAAUAAAAAUAAUGAAUUAAUCUUACCCUUUAUAGUAGAAAGGAAACGAAUAGAUGAUUUAAGUGCAAGUAUUACAGAUGGAAGAUUUCAUGAACAAAAGUUUAGAUUAAAGCAAUCUGGAAUUACAAAUCUUAUAUACAUAAUUGAAGAUUAUGAGAAGGGUCAAAGAUUGACAAUACCACAUUCAUCAUUGAUGCAAGCUUCCAUUAAUACUUUGAUACAAGAUGGUUUCUCUGUAAAAUAUACUAAGAAUCAUAAAGAUUCUAUGUUUUAUUUGUCAUCAUUAACUAGAAUUUUAAUAAAAAUGUUCAAAGAAAAAAACCUGGUAGGUUGUAAAAAAGAAGUUAUCACACGAACAAAUAUUUUAAAUAAUACCUGUAGUCUCAUGGUAUUUGAAGAAUUUAAUAAAGCAGCUUCUAAACAAAAGGUUUUUAAAGUAAAUCAAAUGUUUGUUCGCCAACUACUACAGUUAAAAGGAAUGUCUAUAGAUAAAGCCUUAGCAAUUGUAGAACAUUAUCCAACUCCCCGAUUAUUAGUUGAAGCUUUUCAGAAGUCUGAUUGCAAUGGUCCAUCCAGAUAUAAAAUGCAAUGAAUAUGAGUAAAUGUCUAUGAGCCAGCUCAUUCUCUCAGUGACAUUAACAUCGUGAAGUACGACAUACAUGUCUUGAAAGUCUUAAAACAGAAGUGACAACUGGGGGUCAAUAUCUAGUAAACACAGUUGUACUAAAUACUCGGCAUUACACGAAGUAUGAAUUUGCAAAUCUGCGAAUCAUUUUGUUUACUGGACAGCGACAUUGUGGUGUGGGCUCUACGUAAAUAACGUAAUUGCUUUUUCAAAAAGAGUAUUUAUUAAAGUUAUCGAAGUGCUUUUUAAGACUCUGUAACAAGAAUUGUCGUCUCCUUUUACGACUAUACUUAUUGUAUUUUCGCACGUUCGCGGGGAGACGCGAUCUCGUAGAAGCGCGCCAACGAGAGUCGUAAAUUCCCGUUACGAUAGACUAAUCGACGCCACGAAUCGUACGAUCCCUUAUUUCUUGUGGGAUAAUAAGGGUGAUUAAUUGAAAUAACGCUGCGAUUAACAGGUUACUAUAUAUUUAAUCGAUCCAACAACUUCGGUGUUAUACAAUAGUGAAUGUUUGACCGUACAACGACGAGUUAGUACGACCUAAGACUCUUUGCGUGUCAUUUCGUAUGAUGAUGUCGACGGACUCUAUUCGCGGGAGAUCGACCGAACACUUAUUGACGACUUGAAGACUUGAUCGAGAGUUGGUGACGACUUGAUCGAGAGUGGGUGACGACUUGAUCGAGAGUUGAUCGAGAGUUGAUCGAGAGUGCAGAACUGCCCUUGUGUUGUCUCGGAGGAAAGCUUGGUGUGGGAUGUAUCCUUUGACCGAAGAACGCGGAUUCGUUGUUCACACUUUUUGUCCAGAAAGUGAGGGUAACGAUCCGCGAUGCCGAUUGGUUAUGACCCACUCUAAUGAACAGGAUAUGCAGAAGUCUCCCACCAACGUAGAGCGGGGGUGGACUUUGCUCCUGACGAAAAACAGCCUUUUUCGAUGGACAUGUGUUAGCUUUUUUAAGAACGCCUAAUAAACCCAAGAACUUUGCCAAGACCCAGCCAUAAACUGAAAAUACUUAUAGAAUUAGAGAAAUCUUCGAGACAAGUGAUUUGACUGGCAAACAUGUGUGGAGACAAUGAAGCUAAAGUUAACGCUUUAUGGUGGGUCCUUGGGUCUAUUGAGAAUCGGGAAGACUGUAGGUUGGCCGUUGGCUGCCAGGUAGCGAGGGAUAGAGUACAGAUGUCCCACGCGACGUAAUACUUAUAGAAUACGUAAGCUAAAAGGAAGGCAUGCUAUAACGUUUUUCUGUAAGUCCUACCGUGAUAAGUUCGGCUGCAUGUUUUUAAGGGUUUACUAAGCAAACGAUAAGGAAGCAUUAAAAACAUUGAUUUCUAAUAAUCUAGAGUCAACUAACUAACUUCCACUCUGUAUAGAAAGGCUCUAUUUGAGAACAACGUUUUUAGAAAAUGUAUGAUUAAAACAGUAUGUGACAUCUUAUCAUAAGACGAGGAAUAAUUGAAUAUCUAAAAUUAAGUAUUAAUUAUAAAAUUCUUACUAUUCGAGGAUUUAGCUAUCGAAAACGUACAAUAACAGUAGUGGUUUUCAUAUACACUAAUUCUCCAAUAUUUGAAGAUCUUUUUCAUAUGUAAAUUCAAGGUGAAAUAUGAUGAAGACCAGACAGAUGUGUGUUGUGCUAUGCUCUAGUCAAAGCAUUCUAUAGUAAUUAUGUGUAGUGGACAAAGAAAUCAAUUAGGUAUGGUGGACAAAAAUUGUCCCAUUUUUUCGGACAAUCAUCGAUUUCAGUGAGAUGAAGUAUUGAAGACGGUGUUUGGAACGUUUCAUGGAAUAUUCAGUGACAGAUUGACUUCCCAGUAAUUGAAGAUAUUUGAAUUCAUAAGAACAUAUAAGAUACUGUGUUACGAACAGUUUGAGCUUCCUAUUUUUUAAAUAACACUGAGUCACUUCGACCAAUGCCAAAUUUUUUAUUUGUGCAAUAUAGAGGCUCUUCACUUGCCUGCUUCCCAUCGUUCUUUUGCGCAGUGUGUUUGUUCAGAGAAUCCGCAUGACGCUAAAGGUAGAAAUACAUUACUAUCGCAUCACGUGAAAUCACAUACUAUCACAUAGCGUAUUGCAUAUAAACAGCAUGACGCGAUAGUAGUUUGUUUCCAAUGGAUUUGAAACAAUGAGAAUGUGUCGGAUUAUACUUUCCGAAUGUUAUGUGAAGUCACGUGCUAUGACGUGAUAGUAAUGUGUUUCUACACUUCCUACCUUAAGCAGUCAGCCAUAGCGUCAGAUGAAACGUGCAACGUAUUCGUUAAAACGAUACGAUGGUGGGAACGGCGUUUAUCACCCGGGAGACAAUUUUGGACAGCAUUGGCUUAAGCUGGGGUCAAACCGUCCAAAUCGUCGCGAACUGCUCUUUUAUCACGCUCGAGUCGUAGACCACAGGUCGGGUAAUAUCAAUGUGUUCAUCGGCGGUGCCUCGCUUAUAUUGUAGUUUGAUUUAUGUUAUCCGUUCAAGUACGCAACGUUGCGGAACGAUUCGAUUCAGACAGAAGCAAGGUAGUACUUAUACCACCAGUUCACGUCUGGUAAGAACUGGCGACAGACGUAGAAAGAACGGUGCAGUAUCUUUCAUUACGAAGUGUUAGUAGCCGCAGGAUACAGGCUUUGCGUCGCAUAAAACCAAGUUAAAUAGUUGUGCUCGUUUUAAUAUUCUUAAUCGAAAUAAUUGUACGUGCUCAUAUUUAUUUCAUCGCCGUUGUUAAAUUACAUCAAGUUCAGUUUAGUGGAUUUUGUUAAGUUUAAUUUAAUUUAGUUCUUACAAUAAACUUCUUUACUGUGUUA